GGGGCGGGGCCGGGCCGGGGCGGGGUCUGUCUGGGGCCUGGCCCGGAGGCCUCACAUUCCGUCCCGUCCCAUCCACGUCUCCUCCCUGCACCGGAGCCGCCGCCGCCGCCGCCGCCGCCGCGCUCGGGGCCGCACGCAGCUCGGUCUUCCUUUUGACUGGGAGCCCCCCUCCCCACCUGGGCCCUCGCCAUGGGCGAAUAUAACGAGAAGAAGGAGACAUGUGGGACCAUCUGCCUGAAGUACCUGCUCUUUACCUUCAACUGCUGCUUCUGGCUGGCCGGCCUCUUCGUCAUGGCCGUGGGCAUCUGGACCCUGGCCCUCAAGAGCGACUACAUCAGCCUCCUGGCCUCAAGCACUUACCUGGCCAUUGCCUACAUCCUGGUGGUGGCCGGGGCCGUGGUCAUGGUGACGGGCAUCCUGGGAUGCUGCGCCACCUUCAAGGAGCGGAGGAACCUGCUUCGCCUGUACUUCAUCCUCCUGCUCAUUAUCUUCCUGCUCGAGGUCAUCGCGGGCAUCCUGGCUUACGUCUACUACCAGCAGCUGAGCUCUGAGCUGAAGGACACCCUCAAGGACACCAUGGUCCAGAAGUACCACCAGCCCGGCCAGGAGGGGGUGACCACGGCGGUGGACAAGCUGCAGCAGGAGUUCAAGUGCUGCGGGAGCAACAACUCCCGGGACUGGGCGGAGAGCGCAUGGAUUCGCUCCGGAGAGGCCGGCGGCCGCAAGUUCCCGGACAGCUGCUGCAAGACUGUGGUGGAGGGCUGCGGCCAGCGGGACCACGCCUCCAACAUCUACAAAGUGGAGGGCGGCUGCAUCAGCAAACUGGAGAAGUUCAUUCAGGAGCACCUGAAGAUCACCUCGAAACCGUGA